AUGGUGUUUUUCUGUCGGAUGGACACCAUCACAAUCUUCCACGACAGUGAGAUCUCCAUGGAUGCGAAAGAAUGGUUUGGCUGCACAGUACUUCUCAAGGUCCCAACAACAGCAAACCAGGACCGGAUUAAUCGCAUCCUGAUACACCAUGCAAUUGUCAACAUCUGUGGGGUUAAUGUUGCUUUGGAGAAUAUUCUACGACAUGAUCCAGAUUACCUGGUGUGGGGCAGUUCAACAGAGCAAGCCACUGAAAUCUUGAGAACACCAGAAAUUGACAUUGGGGGCGCAAUGAUUGUCACGUAUCCAUGGACUCCCCAGCAUGGUUGUGCAAUACUACCCUUCGAUGGACUGCCACCCCCAUCCCCAACUCUGACACCAGCUAAACGCCAACGAGGAGAAGAAGUUAUGGAACAUCUCAAGGUUGUUGUGUUGUAUCCAAAAUUGAAUAAGGAGGAUCUCACUGCAACCUUCAAGACAUAUGCAUCCCGAGAAGAUAUACCUUCUACAUGGAAUGUAGCCAUCCGCAGAGGCACUGUGCUCUACAUGUGGCCAAUUUGGAUGGACGUAGAAGGAUAUGCACCGGGUCCCAACUCAACAAUCUGGGCACAACAGAACGCUAUGAUCAACACACCUUUUCGGUACACACUGUUCCCAAUGGACGGUGCAGGGACUUCUGGGCAAGCAGGUGGAGGUGGACAGCAACUGGCUCUUCUGCAGUUAGGUUACACAGUUCAAUCACCCGGCUCUUCAUCAGGAGAUUCAAGUUUCGCCCUAACACCGGACUCGCCACCGGACUCACCACUGUACGGGGAAGAUGAUCCAUUUGCCUCACCAGCACCUUUGUCCAGACCAACAAGUUGGGACCAAAUAAUCGAAGUACUUGAGUCACCAGAAGGGUACAUUUAG